CCGCGAUACAGGAACGGCGAACUUAUAGUCCCACCAUCUUUAACCACCACACUGUGUGAGGUUUCCUUAAACACUCUAAAGCCCCAAACCACCAAACUUGUACUGUUCUUAUUUCUUCCCUCUUUUACUUCAUCACCAUAUAUCAUGGUAUCAGUUGCAGAAUCACAACUUUCCUUUCUCUUCUUUUCUCCAUUAUUGCCAGCUGCUACAUCUAUCCUAAACCAUUUCUCUGAUGACUGGAAUUAAUCAACUACAGAUCUAAUUUUCAGAGAAACCAAGCUGUGAUCUUCUAAUGUAUUUGUCAAAGAAGAAGAGAAGUAGAAGCAACAUUAUUGUAUUAACCAACUCCUUCUAGGCCACCACCCUCUCUGUUCCUCACAUGGGCUCUCUCUUCUCUCUCACUUUACCAAUAAAUUUAGUUGCUUUACUCUCACUUUCAUGGUGGAACAUAAUCCACAGUCAAGGUUUUGAUGCUGCUCAACUUCUCGAUCAUGUCGUUAGAGAUCAUGCUUUCCUCUCUUACACAGGACACACAAAGACUGGUUCCUUGUACCUGGUAAACCUGCCUGAAAAUUUCUCCGACAUAAAAGCUGAUACAGUCAGGUUUAGAUGCGGCAGUCUUCGAAGGUAUGGAGCACAGAUUAAAGAAUUCAAUUUAGAAAUGGGUCUUACAGUUCGUCCAUGUGUGGAGAGAGUUAUAGUGAUUCGACAGAAUUUGGGAAGUAAUUGGUCUUCAAUUUACUAUGACAGUUUUAAUUUUUCUGGGUAUCAACUUGUUUCCCCUGUUCUAGGCCUUCUGGCAUACAAUGCUGAUGAUGAUCUCAACUCUAGUAAUCGAAGCGAAAUCGGGAUUUUCGCCGGAGAGAAGCCUAUUAUGAUUGAUUUCUCUAGAGAUGUAAGGAUAAAGGCUCCUCCUGGUUUGAAUCCUUUAUGUGCUAGUCUCAAUUCAGAUGGAACUGUGAGUUUGUCAGAACAGGUGAAGGAGAAUGUAUGUAUCACACCAAGGGAUGGCCAUUUCGCUCUGGUGAUUGCGCCGACGAUGCCUAAGAUGAAGGGAAGAGUGAGUCGAUGGAAGGUUUUAGUUGGAAGUAUAAUUGGAGGUGGAUUGGGUGUGUUUCUUUUAUUUUUACUUUUAAUUGCUUUGGUUGUUAAGGUGAAGAAGAGGUCUAGAAUUGCAGAGAUGGAGAGGAGGGCUUAUGAAGAAGAAGCUUUGCAGAUGUCAAUGGUUGGACAUGUGAGGGCACCUACAGCAACUGUGACUCGAACUGUUCCUACACUUGAACAUGGGUAUGCUCCUCCAUGAUUAUUGCUUCAAUUCUCAGCAAGUUCAUCUAUGAAACAAUGAAGAUUAUAUUGUUUUGGCUAUUCAUUCAUUUUUUUUUUCCACAGAAAAUUAAGGAAAUGCAAUAUCUGUUUAGUCUUUUGUUUUAAUGAUGAACUAUAAUCAGAUGUACCAAAUCUUCUCAAUAAGUAUAGGUUUAGAUUGUUUCAUUGUUAAUUUCCUGUGAAAUGUGACCAGAGUAUCCUCCUCUGUUCUUUCAGUUAUUUUUUUGGAGAUUCUUGUCUGUGCCCUGUUUUACUUUUGGAUGGGAAAAGGGAAGAGAAAGGAAGUUGAUCAAAAGCAAAAACAGAAUAAGCCAAAACUGUUAAAACUGUUUUUCCCUCCAGGGUUGGGUUUAUUGGUUCGUAUGGCCC